AUGAGUAACCAGUCCCUCCCAAAAGUAGAACUGAAAGGUCUUCUCAGUGAUGAAGAUUUUGCCAUCUUUCAGCACGUGAACGCAUACGCUGGAGUCGCUUUCUCUGUCCUAGGUAUAGGUUCCAACUUUCUGAAUAUCAAAACAUUUGUUACGAUGGGUGUCGACGAUGCUGUCACAGUUUCGUUCCUCGGCCUGUCCAUUUCUGAUUUUUUCAUAUCCAUCAUCAUGUUCUGCAUCGGCAUCUCGAUGAGCUUCCAUGCCAUAGAGUUGUCCCUGGGAAUACGCUACACCUACGACCCGUUAAUGUUCGUCAUGUUCUUCACUAACGCCGGAAUAGCCCUGUACAUGGUCACUAUACUGACCACUCUUUACCUCGCCGUGGCGAGAUGUAUGUGUGUUGCGAAGCCGUUGCACUUCAAACACGUCUUUACUAAGUCUAGAUCCAUAGCAAUUCUCAUUGUGUUUUUCGUGUUUUGUGUUGGAAUCUACUCACCAGUCUUUAACAGUCUUGGCAUUUCUGUAACGUUUAACCCAGUGCUUAACCGCACGCGUUACACCAUUUGGUAUAAUCAGGGCCAGGAAGAAGUCAAAGACAUCAUAUACUUCAUCACCCACGACGUCAUCCCCUUCGGCACUCAGAUUAUCGUCAUUGUAUGCAUCGUUGUCAUGACCUGGAACCUUAUUCAAUCCUCCCGGUUCAGACAACAGACAACUAAAAGCCAAGCUGACGGAAAGGAGGCGGGAGACGCCAACAGCAGCAGCAGCAGCGUCAAACUGUCGGGUAAAGAACUGCAGGCUGUACAACAAGUCGUCCUUAUCUCCGUUAUUUUUGCCGUGUUCAACAUGCCCAUGAUUCUCGUCGGUGUGUUCGGCAUGACGGAGCCAGAGUUUGAUGCUAUCUGGGGCAAGCACAGGUACGCACGAAUGUACUAUGCUGGACAUUUCAUGCGACGCGUGUGCGAGCAAAUCAAUAGUGCUGUCAACAUUUUCAUCUACUACAGGUACAAUACAAAAUUUAGAAAGUUUUGUAAACUCUGUUGA